GUGAAGGCUGUCCGCUGGGCAGCCCAUUGGUCGGCCGUCCUCGAGGUAGUCUCUUCGAUUUUCUUUAUUCUCGAGUACCUGGUGCGAGUGCUGGGCUACGGUCCUCGACGGCGGAAGUACAUCGUCUCCUGCUUGGGCAUUGUGGACCUGAUCGUGGCUUUGAUUGCCAUCCCAACGCUCAUCGAGAAGCUCUUGAACUUUUGGCAUAAGGGUCACAUCAACAGCGUCUUCCACUUUCUCGAGUGCUUGCGCAUGAUGCGUCUUUUGAAGAUCCUCCAGUACAUCCGGGAGGUUCAGCUGCUUUCUUUCGCCCUCCGCAAGGACAUGCGUUUCAUUGUUGUCUGGCUCUUCGGCAUUUUUGUCGUGGUCCUGCUGCUUGGAAGCUGCCUUUACGCAGCGGAGGGCGGCCAAAAUCUCAUGGACUCCAUCCCAGUGGCCAUGUGGUGGGCCACCGUCACAAUUUGCACCGUUGGCUAUGGCGACAUCGUGCCGGCGACGGUGCUGGGCAAGUUUUUCGCGGCCUUGGUCAUGCUCAUCGGCUACGGGCUGAUUGCGGUGCCAACGCUGAUCGGAACCGUGCAGACCCACAAGGCUUUCAGCCAGGCGUCUGGGCAGUCGCAAGAGCCGGCUGAGGACGGCCUGGUUCUCCUCCCCCCGCGCGCCGGAGACUUUGACGAAAAGGGCCAC